UUGGACUGAGCGAGCGGCGUUCAAACUGCGGCGGGAGCGGACCCACAGCAACGAGUGCUGCUGUCUCAGUCAACCCAGCGCCGCUCGGCCCCCUUCUCCAGCAUAACCCUCACCCGCGCACAGCCUGCAGGCCAUCUGACUAUUACAUGCCUGGAAGCUGCAAGGAUCCUCUGUACUGAAGUUAUUGCUGAAAGAUUUAACCUGGGACUUUCGCCUGUAAAUACGGGCUGAAUUGUGAACAACAGCAUGGAGGAUUAUGUAAAGAUUGAGAAAAUUGGUGAAGGUACUUAUGGGGUCGUUUAUAAAGGACGUCAUAAAACGACUCAGCAGAUAGUAGCCAUGAAGAAAAUCCGGUUGGAGAGUGAAGAGGAAGGUGUUCCCAGCACUGCAAUCAGAGAGAUUUCCCUUUUAAAAGAACUACAGCACCCUAAUAUUGUCUGUCUUCAAGAUGUACUAAUGCAAGAUGCAAGGCUGUAUCUGAUAUUUGAAUUUCUUUCAAUGGAUCUGAAAAAGUAUUUGGACUCCUUACCUACUCGCCAGAUGAUGGACCAAAUGCUAGUAAAGAGUUACCUGUACCAGAUAACACAAGGGAUUGCGUUCUGUCACUCGAGAAGAGUUUUGCACAGAGACUUAAAGCCUCAGAAUUUGCUGAUUGAUAGUAAAGGCGUAAUUAAAUUGGCUGACUUUGGACUGGCUCGUGCCUUUGGUGUCCCUGUCAGAGUUUAUACUCAUGAGGUUGUGACACUGUGGUAUAGGGCUCCCGAAGUACUCCUUGGUUCUGCCCGUUACUCCACACCAGUGGAUAUCUGGAGUAUUGGCACAAUAUUUGCUGAAAUGGCCACUAAGAGACCUCUCUUCCAUGGAGACUCUGAAAUUGAUCAACUGUUCAGAAUUUUCAGGACCUUGGGUACCCCAAACAAUGAAAUCUGGCCUGAGGUCGAGGCUUUGCCAGAUUACAAGAACACCUUUCCCAAGUGGAAGGCAGGCAGCUUGUCACAAGUGAAGAACAUUGAUGCAAAUGGCCUUGACCUGCUAGCAAAAACCUUGAUUUAUGAUCCUGCCAGAAGAAUAUCUGCAAAGGAAGCUUUGCGUCACCCGUAUUUUGAUGACUUGGAUAAAUCUAGUCUCCCUGCCAAUAUCCAAAGGAAUUGAUGGUUGUUGAAAAGUGUUGCCUCUUUUGGCAGUUGGGAAUCACCAAAUGCACCAGGACCACUUUUCUUCACCAACUUUUUAAAAAGAAAAUCCAGCUACAACCAUUUGUGUUAAACCUCUGUAGAUUUGUCUGUUCAUAUCUAUGUAUUUCUUUCCUUCUAACUAUUCUAUUGUGGCACAAUACUGUAUGUUUUUGUACCUGUAUAACUUGUAAAUACAAAUAAAGGCUUAAUGUACACCA